AUGAAUGUUACUCCUGUUAGAUUAGCAUGCUGGAGUCUUGUUGUGUCCGGAGAAGCCUUGCACAUUGCAAGUCUGUUAGCGGAUCCAUCGACGCUCGAUGGCGCUGCUACAUCUGUCUGCGCCCUACAUACGCAAAGGUUCUUCUCCAUGCUCGAUCUGGCAGAAUUGGCGGGAACCGAGAAAAGCGAUGCGAAAAGUUCAUUGCUUGAUUGGUUAUCAGUGGAGGAUUUGAGUGGAAGUCAAGAGUUUUUGCGAGAUAUAUUGCAGUCACCGAGUAGUUUUGCGCAGCAGUUAUCGAAAGCUCAUGACGCCGCCACGGCUACUCUGCUUCAGUGGGGGCGUAGUAGGCAAGCAGCAAAUAUCGGAUUUAAAUUAGCGGAAUGGCUAAGGGCGAAUGGUAAAGAAGAAACAGCUGUUCCCUUAGAAUUACGAUUUAUUUCUUCAUUGUUAGAAAGUGGCAUGAAAUCGCAGACUGUUGUGGAUAUAAUGAAGAGGGUUGUACCUUAUUUGAAGGACGAUAUUGACUAUGAACGGCUACUGUCAUAUCGACUGUUCAUGGCGGUUUAUGAGAAUAAUAUCGAGGAACGAAAGAAGAUCGCGGAGGACCUUGUGGCCCAGAUUAAAAAGAGAACCUCUUCUGAAAAGAUUAGACCUAGACGAGUGCGCAGUGCUCUUCGUUUCAUGUUCAUUUCGAUGAAGUAG